AUGGUACAAGAAAUUUCAAGCACAAUGUCUCGUCUCCAGACCCUGCAGUCCACUAUGAAGUGGCGCCAAGUGGAGUUUGAAGCUGAAAUGCUAAUGGAUGCAUACUCAGGCCUGCUAAGUGAUCAAUCCAUUAUCUUGUCCAUGAACUCUAGUUUCGUUGAUCCACUGCUGCAGUUUGAGUCACAGUUGGGGAUAUUAGAGCUAUCUUUCAGAAAGGUAUUUUCCUUGCCAGAUCUAAGCACAGUUCAAGCAUUGGGGAGGAACUCUGAGGACGCCGAGGACCUGGAGAAUUUAUAUGAAAAUAUUUUCAACAUGUAUGAAGAUACUCUUAUUAUUUUAGUGUCUAAAGAUUUCUACAAGAUACAGAUCUUAAAGGAAAUGGCCAUGUGGAUAAAUCAGAAUAAACAGUACCUGCAAGAACGAGCCAUGAUGAUCAUCACCAGAGUGCUGAUCUUUGCAGCCAAGAGAGUCAGGAAAUAUCCAAGCAUCGAUGCCCCGUGUUUAGGUCUCCUGGUAGCAGAGCUCUCACUCCUGUGUUCCCACAAAAACCCCUCAGUCGUACAGCUAGCAACCACAGGGAUGAAUUACGUCCUCUACAUCGGAAUAUGUCAGAACUCUAACAUUGAAAAACACAGGUCAAGUGUUGGAGAAACCGAUAACCCCAAGGUGAUAGCUUCUGAAUUUGAAUUGCUACCCAAGGACAUACAAGGAGACAGAAACAAAAUUGCCAAGAGUGUGGGACAAAUACUACUACCCACCUUUCUGACUGACUUUGUGUGGACCCUCCUGAAGAAACUUUCCUCUCCUGAUGAUGAGACAGCCUCGGAGGCUGCAUCCUUACUGACGCUGACUUUGGAAUAUCAUGCUCAGAAGAUCACCAUGGUGUCUAAAAUUGUGGACGACAUUUAUGAGCAGCUCACUUGGAAUUCUUCCCACACCAUGAAGAAUGUCUUGCUGCGGGUCAUCAGCCUGCUGAUAAGAGCAUCCCCUAAGAAGGUGAUCUUUCAACUCAUGGAGUUCCCAGUCCCUGCAGACGAGGCUCUGCUUCUGAUGUGGCAAGCAGCGAGCACCGAGUCAAGUGUCGCGCCCCAAGUGCUAAAGACGAUCUUGUCCAUACUGAAAGGAAAGCCUGGGGAGUUGGAGGAAACCCUGGUAGAAAAAAGGCGCUUCUCCCUGGACGCCACCAACUUGAUGCCUGUGGCGGCAUCCCAGGCCCUGUGCACAUUUCUACCUGUGAAUUCCUAUAGGAAAGUGGUGACCAAGCUUUUCCCCGAGUUCUUGAUGGCCCUCAUGCUUCAACUCUUCUACUGCAGCCAGCUUCUAAAAGACACAGCCAAGGACAGACCUCUCUACGUACGAGACGGCCUAAAGGUUCUGCUGAAUUGCUCUGGACUAGAAGAAGUGCACGAUGCUCUAGAGAAAAAAAAUUUCUGGGACCAGUUUUCUCAAGUCAUGGAUCACCAGUACGGGAUCCAGGUCAUUGCCAAAACUCUCAGUGAAUGUAACUUCCCACAGUUCCCAGAGACCCUACAUUAUGUCUACAAGAUUGCAGUAGAAGGUCCUAGAAGAUCAGAAGACAGUAUUGUCACAAUAAUAUUCUUUGCUGAAUUACUGAACAACUUCUUCAAGGAAUCAUUACCCGAGGAAUUUUUGGUUCUCUUCAGAAACUGGAUUAAUGAUUCCAAUCCUUCAGUUACCAAAAUGAGCCUUCAGAAAAUCGCAAGCAUGGCACCCGUUUUCAGCAAAAUAGAAAGUGUCUGCAACCUGUUACUCCCAAUCUUGGAUGCUUUUCUCUCCAAAGAGCACACUGUUAUCAUCCGGGCCAUGCUCACUCUCCGAAACAUUUUGAGCAAACUGGACAAGGCCAUGUAUUCUACAGUGUGUGUCAGGAUCGCUUCCAGCUACUGCCCUCUUAUGGAUCAUGUUAAUGGUGGCAUUCAGUGCAUGGCCAUUCGUCACUUUGGUGAAUUACUUGUGGAUAUGAACCAAUACAAAUGGAUGCUGAACCAUAUAAUCCUAGGAAGCCUUGUACCCAUGAUCCUGUUUUUGGAGUCUACGGAAACAAGAAUUGCGAAUGCUUGCCGAUAUACAUUAACUAUCUGUGUCUCACAACUAAAAUGGCCAACAUCAUAUCUGCUCCAAGAGGAAAAUUACAAUUUUGAGUCAGUGGUUCUCAGCAUCUGUAACAACCUUCUUCCCUCUUAUGAAAGUUACAUUACAGACUUAAUAUCUGACACCUUAGGGUUCCUGGGGAGCUCUCGAUACUUUCUGAAGAGAGGAGCCAUUAUAUUAGUAGGGUACUUGGGAAAAUCCGGAGCACAUCUACUACUCAGGGAUGAAGUUGAUGUCAUGAUUGAGGUUAUUGAACGCGUGGCUCGGGAUGAAGAUCCCCUGAACAAGAGGUUGGCAGAAAUAACCCGUAAGCUUUUUAAAGAAAUAGCCUAUCAAAUCGCCUCUUCCACCAUCAAACAAACCUUUCGAAGAUGGGUUAAGAUGUUUCAUACCAAAAAAUUGAAGCCCAUUUAUGACUUGGCCAAUAUUAUUAAGGAAAUUAUGGAAGACUUAGAAGUAAGUGCCGAAGAUAGCCUGGUGGAUCCUGCUACCGAGAAAUCCGGAUAUAUCUUUGAAAAUAGCCAAUUGCCCUUAACCUCAGACCAUGUUUAA